AAUGUAGUUCCCGUAUGACCCAGCAGCUCCACUCACGGGCAUUUAUCCCAGAGAGGUGAAAGCACAGAGAUGUUUACUGCAGCAUCCUUCAGGAAACCAAAGUGGAAGUGACUGAUGUCCAUAAAUGGCUGUUCCUUCUGCCACCAUGAGGAGCAUCUUCAAGAGGAACCAGGAGCCCAUGGUGGCUCCCGCCACCACCACCGUGCCCGCCGGCCCGGCAGACAACUCCACAGAGAGCGGGGGUGCGGGCGAGGGCAAGGAGGACGUGUUUGCCAUGCUCAAGGAGAGGUUCUUCAACGAGAUCGUCAAGCUCCCUCUACCCCCCUGGGCGCUGAUCGCCAUCGCCGUGGUCACGGGCCUUCUGCUGCUCACCUGCUGCUUCUGCAUCUGCAAGAAGUGCUGCUGCAAGAAGAAGAAGAACAAGAAGGAGAAAGGCAAGGGUGCCAAGAACGCCAUGAACAUGAAGGACAUGCGGGGCGGCCAGGACGAUGACGAUGCAGAGACGGGCCUGACGGAGGGCGAGGGCGAGGGCGAGGAGGAGAAGGAGCCCGAGAACCUGGGCAAGCUGCAGUUCUCCCUGGACUACGACUUCCAGGCCAACCAGCUCACUGUGGGCGUCCUGCAAGCCGCGGAACUGCCCGCCCUGGAUAUGGGCGGCACCUCGGACCCUUACGUCAAGGUCUUCCUCCUUCCAGACAAGAAGAAGAAAUAUGAGACCAAAGUCCAUCGGAAGACGCUGAACCCCGCCUUCAACGAGACCUUCACCUUCAAGGUGCCUUACCAGGAGCUGGGUGGCAAGACCCUGGUGAUGGCCAUCUACGACUUUGACCGCUUCUCCAAGCACGACAUCAUCGGUGAGGUGAAGGUGCCCAUGAACACGGUGGACCUGGGGCAGCCCAUCGAGGAGUGGCGGGACCUGCAGGGCGGGGAGAAGGAGGAGCCGGAGAAGCUGGGCGACAUCUGCACCUCGCUGCGCUACGUGCCCACGGCCGGGAAGCUCACCGUCUGCAUCCUGGAGGCAAAGAACCUGAAAAAGAUGGACGUGGGCGGCCUUUCAGACCCCUACGUGAAGAUCCACCUGAUGCAGAACGGUAAGAGGCUCAAGAAGAAGAAGACGACGGUGAAGAAGAAGACCCUGAACCCUUAUUUCAACGAGUCCUUCAGCUUCGAGAUCCCCUUCGAGCAGAUCCAGAAGGUGCAGGUGGUGGUCACCGUGUUGGACUACGACAAGCUGGGCAAGAACGAGGCCAUCGGCAAGAUCUUCGUGGGCAGCAACGCCACGGGCACGGAGCUGCGGCACUGGUCGGACAUGCUGGCCAACCCCCGCCGGCCCAUCGCGCAGUGGCACUCGCUCAAACCCGAGGAGGAGGUGGACGCGCUGCUGGGCAAGACCAAGUAG